AACACAGUCCACUCCCUAAGCGGCCCAUGCAUACAUACAAUUCCACACAAGUCAGAGAAUAAACAGGAGGGAAAGAUAUUUGGGCCGAGGGAGCAAAGUGAAUAAGAAACUACAAAUACUUGCUACAAAUACUUAAAUAACUGUCUAGUGGUUAAAUAAUAACGUGCACUACGGUUAGUUAGCAACAACAGUGAACAGUGGUCAACUGGAUCCAGAAGAAAAACUAAGAUAUCCAAAACACACUGAAAGACAUGGGGUAGGCUAUAAAGUCGGCUGGGCUGAUGUUGAGUCAACUGUCCUGCAGAACAAUACCGAGGAGCAUAUUGCUGUCUGUUUAUGCACAGUGUGGAGCCUACAGCCCCCUCAGAAUGACUGACCCCAUGGUUGAUCAGAUGAACCGACUCAAACUCAGGCUACUGGAAAAGAGACUGGAGAAAGAGAGAGACAACGCUGAAGGCAGAGCAGAGUCUGGCUUAUCCACCAGGAGUUUUGAUAAUCAGCUGGAUACCCUACACAGCGCACUACGACGAAAACAAGACCUGCUGCAAAGACUGAGGGAGCAACACAGGCUGGAGUAUCAGAACAGACCUCGCACCUGGGGGGGUACAUGGAGGAGCUACUGCCCAGACCACCUCCCCCCUCCUGCACCUCUGCUUUGCCCUCCAGCCCCCAUCCACCAGCCUGCCUCUGUUCCACCUCCUGUGCUACCACCUGCCCCCGCUGCCCCACGGCUGCCUCCAAACCUCAUCCAGCACAUGUGGCCCCAGCAGCCCGCCACCAUCCUACAGCAAUUACCAGCACAGCAGCCCCUCAUUCAGCAGAUACCCCCUCCCCAAAUCUUCCCUGCCCCACGGUCCGGCAGCAUCAAAGAAGAUAUGGUGGAGCUGAUGUUGAUGCAGAACGCUCAAAUGCACCAGAUUAUAAUGCACAACAUGAUGCUGAGGGCCAUGCCUCCCAUGGCCCAGUCACCACCUAACCCAGGACCGGUCAAACAAAGAGGAAAUGCCGUCCACCACCACCACUAUGGCCCCCAGGCCUAUACUCUCCCUCCCAUUGGCUCCCCGAUGUGGCCCUCAAUGAGGUCAUCACAACCCGCAGGGCAGGGCGGAGCUCAGAUGCCAUCCGUGCAGCAUGUGUCUGGCCCCAUCACGUUGCCGCCACUCAACAUCUAUUAGCCAAGCCCUAAAAAUACUCCCCAACCCCCAUCUUAAAUUAUAGUCCCUCAGUGCGUUGUUAGGCCUAGGCGUCUAGGCCUAUAGCCCCAGAUCUUUUCUGAAUUGCCCCAUAUCUCAAAUUUACCCCCCAAAAAGUUAGAAAUAGCCCUUUAUCUAUUCAUCUAUAAUUACGAUCGCGCAUUAUGACAUUGUAGACGUGUAGGCCGCUAACAUGUACAUCAAAAUUUUUUCCGAGUGUACAUUCAAAAACCUGUACUUCCUGUCCUGGGCGGGUGGGCUAAGCCCCGAAUGUAUUGUGAUCCUAGCGAUGCCUCUGUUGUCC